AUGCGUUCGCCGCCUCUGAACUUGCCGCCGCUGCCGGGGAACCAGUCCUCAAAGGCCAACCCAUCCAUCUACAGACCCAGCGUGAGGAGCCCCCCACCACGGACACAGGCUACAUCCAACCUUGCGCCUCUACCGGCUUCUAGCAAGACCAAACAGGCGCCGCCAUCGGGCCCUCCCCCUCGGGUGACCAGCCCGCCCGGGUUCUCGGGCUCUCGGCCAGGCGCCCCGUACGCAGGGCCCAGCCAUGGCCACUCCAACUCUUUGGACUCCAACGUCUCCAACGACUCGGUGGCCAGCUCGUCCACGGCCACCAGCACGCGGCCACUGAACCCCACGCAGCGGCAAAACACGGCCUUUUCCAAGACGGGUCGCCAGACGUCGGACCCGCGGGAAAAGGGCGCGCCCGGCGGCGGUGGGUAUUACGGCAGCGGCAACGAGUCCGGCCAGGCCGAGUCACCGUACAUGAACAUGCUCCUGUCGCUGGACCGGAUCCCGCGCAUGCACAACAUCCUCGUGUCCUUCUUCGUGUGGAUCCUGCUCGCGGGCUUCGUCAUCAUCCCGGGCUCCUUCACCAGCAGCCAGCGCAAGCAGGAGGGCGAGACGGUGCAGCUGCCCGUGGCGGCUCCGGGCGGCACCGGCACCGGCACGGGCGCCAACGCCGGCGCCAAGCUCUCCCUCACCCCCGCCAACACGGCCGCCCUGGUCAUCGGCUUCGUGUGCAUCAUCGCGGGCGCCUUCGGGUCCGCCUGGCUGGCCCUGCGCUGGCGCCGCAACUACGUCUGGCUGCUCAACAAGCUGUACCUGCCCCUCAUCCUGAACGCCCUCGCUGGUCUGAUCGCCACCAUCACGAGUGUGUAUACGCAGCAGGCGGGAGAGUGGGGCCCGCAGGCUGUCACCACGGCGGUCGUUGAGGCUAUCAUCCUGGCCAUGGGCAUCAUCUUGUUCUUUGUGUACAACUACUGGCUGUUGCAGCGCAUGCGGAGCGACCACGAGGAGGCAGUGACGGGCGGGAAUGAGAAGGAGACGAGGGCAGAGAAAAGGGCACGGAGGAAGAGGGAGAAGAUGGAGCGAAAGGAGAGGAAAGGGAGGAAAGAGAAGAAAAAGAAGGGUGGCUUUUGGGGGAGCUGGAGCAGGGCACGUACAAAGAAACCUUAUGUACCGGGGAGUGUUGUUUAG